AUGCAGCGAGACAACCGCUCUCGGGACCCCGAGGGAUCUCGCCGCCGGUGGUACGAGUCUCGCGACCGCGAUGCGAGAGAUCAGGGAGAUUCGCGUCAGCAAUCAUCGCUGCCAUCGCAACAAUCACAACAUCCCCAACAACCAAACCCGCAAAUGUAUCAGCAACACUCUCAGCAACGAGCAUAUGACCCUCAACGUUAUGAACAGUCCCCUAUGUAUCAACAGUCACCGCAGUAUCCGCAAUUUCCACCACCUCCCCAGCAAUAUCAACAAUCCCAACGCUAUUCCAGCGCGCCGCCUCAGCCGGUGCCAGGAUAUAAUAACCCUUAUCAACCACAGCAUAAUCCACAACGACCUCAGACACCUUCAAGUGUUUUCUCGUCCUCAAGUGACACAUCGACAUCACUAUUAGAUAUCUCGCGAUACAAGGACACGAAACAGUUUGGUGGUGUUUUUGGCACAUUUUUCAAGGCACCCUCGGACCGGGUCAAACAGCGCCUCCACAGAAAGAAGAAACAGAAGCGUCGCGUGCUUUACUUUGGCAACUCAUCAUCAUCUUCUGUGAACUCUGACCUAGCCUACGGACAGGGAUACGUCCGGCAACCAAAAAGCCGUACACUGAGCCCCCGAAGCCAAAGCCGUGCCUCUGGCCAAGGCUAUGCCUUUUCUCCAGGUCAUGGUCCGAGUCAAGGACAUCGGCGGCGCAGCUCAGGGGGGUCCGAUCGCGCAUCGCGACCCACGCCUCGGAAGAAGACCGCCGAUGAAGAGAUAAUGGCCCUUGGCCAGCAACUCUCUGACUUAGCGCGGCGGUCCAAGGAAGACGAACAACGCCUAUCCAGCCGAGGAUCAGGUAAAGGUAAGGCGGCUGCUCUGGGACUUGCAGCUGGCGCAGCUAUGGCAUCUGGUUAUGGCAGGCAGAAACACGGCUCACGGGGGUUGGGUAGCUCAAAGCAGCGCGUCGACACUUCGGAUGAUGACUCAGACUGGGAGGAUGCCUCUGACGAUGAGUCCUCUAGUAGUGAUGACGCUGGCUCAGCUGCCGACUCCGAGCUUGCAUAUGGCAUCGUUGGCGAAUCUAUUAAGCCCGCAGCUGGUGCCGCAGCGGCUGCAGGAACUGCAGUAGCCACACACGCUUUGGCUGGCUCUAGAAGGCCCUCAGGUCAAAGCCCAGUGUUUGACCCUCGGCGACAUGGAGACCGGGGCUCUAUCGUUGACCCUCGCCUCUUUGGCCCCUACAACUCUCUUCGAGGCUCAAUUAAUACUCCAUGUGGCUUCCGGGAUGAAGAACAGGCUGCUGCAUACCGUCGCGACUCAGCUAGCCUAGAGACUGGCGGACCAAUACAGAUGCGAGAUGUGUAUCCUGUUCCCAUCUCUGAUCCCUAUAGAUUUGACAGAGGCCAGUUCCCAAUGUCUGACAGGCGCCAGGAUUUGUCGACUCGACCUGCGCCGGUUCCCCUGCAACAGCCGGUUCCCAAGCAGGCGGUUUCAUCAAAAGUUUAUAAUGCCGAGAAGUUUGACGACACAAACCGCAGGGAACCUCGGCAGCGCAAAUCCGAGCUGCCCGACGGGAAGAGCUGGGCAGGAGUUGCUACAGCAGGUCUCGCAGCAGCAGCGGUCGGUACGGCUAUGGUAUCUUCAGCAUCCUCGCGAAAGGACAAUUCCGAGAAUCGUGAUGGGAGGAAACAUGACCUUGCUGAUCGAGACCGCCGUGAGCAAAAGCGCAUCGACCUAGAGCGCCAGAAGGCCCUAGAAGCAGAGGAACAAAAGCUCAAAGAGCUAGAGCAUCAAAAAGCCCAAGAGUUGGAACGGCAAAAAGUCCAAGAUCCGGAACGUCAGAGACUCGACUGGGAAAAACGCCUGGCCCACCAUACCCAGCGACAGGAAACAUUGGAGGACGAGCGUGAACGAAAUGUGAAAUGGGAGCGUGACUACCGUGGAUCGGAUCCCGAGCCUAUCUUUCCCAAGUAUAAUGACGAGCGAAAAUCUUCACGACGAUAUGAUCAUGACGAUACCCCCACGGAUAGAAUGGAGAAGAAUGUUGGUGUUGUAGAUGUGCCUCAAAGGGAUCAGGGCGAAGUUGAAGCAUUCCAUAUUGAAUCGGGGCCGGAGUUCAAAGUGUUGCGUGAACCUGUCGUCCAAGCUGACGACAGCGAGCGUGAUGCGACUCAAGAUGGCCGUGACCUUCCUCUACCUGUCGGUGCUGGCCAUCGCCCUCUAAGCAACUCAACUCAACCUGUACAUGAGACUAUUGAUCCCUUCCAGUACCAAGUUGCGGACGAUGCGUUCACUGUGUCUCAAAGAACCACACCUGGGCGCCCUCUUACACCUAAUGUUGUCACCAUUGAGCGCGAGCCUAAUUUUGACGACUCGCCGCCAAGUUCUUCAGCAGCCGACGCUCGGUUAAGCCGACGAGACUCCUUUGAGAUUGAGCGUAUGGUUGACGAGUACCGUCGGGAGACUCACGAUCCAGCACAACGUCACGAUACUCAAGCCGAUCAUGAGUUCGAAGAGGACGAGCGAAAGGCCAAAUCUAUUCUUGAUGAGGCCAAACAUGCCACAAUUCCUGUUGCAGCUGCCGCAAUAGCAUCCGCCGUUGCAGUCGAACAUGAGCGGUCUCAAGAGCAUGGGCACCAUCGCUAUCCAAACGAUAGAUCUCAAGAUAGCUCAAGAGGUCGCAAAGAUACUGUACAGGAGGAAGCUGACAGGUUCUAUCGUGAGGCCUGCAUCGCCCGAAAAAUUGCUUCUGACGAAUUACGAUCCCGAAGUGCAUCCCCUGAGCGAUCUGUCGUCGACAAGUGGCAAGAAGAUAAGAAUGAUCCAUUCACAAUUGUCACACCGCCGAUCAUGGAAGACAAGCAUCCGGAUAACAACAUGUUUGAUGGACCAGAUGCAGAUGUGAAGAUCGAUAAUAAGAUAUACCCCCGGGAAGAACGCCAUUUCCGAAACCUGGGUGACAAUUCUUCUGCUCUUGUCUUGAGGUCAAGAGAGCCUUCACGAGAGCGUCCUGUACUCAAUCUGAUAUAUCCUACUCCUGCCACAAGUCGUCAACACACGCCAGCUCCUCAAGCACAAGGUGUAAGGCAGGCGGGUGAUGAGGUAUCCUCGCCUGACGAUGUCAGCAUCGGACCCAAGGGUGAGAUCAUCUCUGCUAGCGAACUCGUGUCUGUUCCCAAAUCUGUCAGCUGGGGUGAGAACGAGACGAAGAGCUUUGAAGUAGAUACACCAGAGAACCGAAGUGAUUCCGACAACUACUUUCCUACUGAUAAAUCGCCCGAGAAGCCGAGGCCGAAGCUAAACAAGGCCAGUCGCUGGGGUAUUCUUGCCGCGGCACUGGCUGGUAGCAGCGCCGAGCCACACAACGAACCUGAUUUUGUAGUGUCAUCCAAAACCCCAGAUAUACCCAGAAGCUUUCCAGAUGAAGCAAGCAGGGACAUCUCUGUUCACCGGGUUGAAGACGUUUCCGGUGACGAUACGAUUCACGAACCUCCAAUCCCUGGACCUAAACCUCCAAGUCCACAUCCUCAACAGAUGCCUGGCGGCUUUGCAGAUGACUUUGAGUUUGCUGCCACGCUGGCUGCUGGCCUGAAGGAUACUGGCUUCAACCCCGACAUCGUCAUUGAUGACCCCUCCUACAGUCGGCGUGACUCUCCUCCAGGUGUUCAAGAGGCAAACGGUGAUUCUCAUGGCAUCACAAAUGGCAAUUCCUGGUACAAGCGACCUUCCGCCGAGGGCAUUCCUGAGCCUAAAAAUGAUAACAUCCCAAAACUUCUCCCCGAGCAAGGGUUUGUUCUCGGAGAGAUUGAGACCCCUCAGGAAACGCCUUUUAUUAGGUAUGAAGGCGAGCACGGCAUCAAGCCCGACUUGCCAAAGCCUGAAGACGUGCCACUUCCUCAAGACAGUUCCGAAACUUCGAAGUUGAGCAAGCGAGAACCGCGCAAGCGAGACAAGUCCAACGUUGUCGUUGUUCAGGAUGAUGGAAAGAUUGUGAACAUCAAAACGGAGCCGUCACCUUCAAGGGAGGUCGGUGAAGAGGUGUGGGAAGAUACCACUCGCAAGAGGGCGAAGAAGGAUCGUAAGGGCCGCGAUUCCGAUGACAUGGGCCCAAGUACUUCUUCUACCAAUCACUACGCGAGCGACGCACCAGCCAGCGACACCAGAUCUGAUCAUGAAUCUGAACCGAAGAAUACCCUUGCAGAAUACGAUCGCAGCCAGAGCUUCAACGCCGUGGAUAUCGCCAAGGUGGCUGUGCCAGCUCUCGCCUUGGGUGCGCUUGCCUCCUCAAGUUCAAGAAAAACGCCAUCUCGCAACGUUCGCUCUCAAGACGAGCAAGACGCUCCCAGGAAGUCACACAAGCCUUGGAAUGACGACGAUUACUACUAUGACGACAAUGGGUCUCGCGUCUCCGCCCCUGUGAGGCCUUCGCAUCAUCGCCAUUCAUCUCGAGAAUUAUCCUCCCGAGACGUUCGACCAGACGAUGAGCGAGAAGACCACAAGUAUUCAAGCAAGCACAGGAAGGACCGCGAUUCUCGCGACGAUGCCACAUAUCGAGAUUCUUCUACACUGGACCCCACUGAUCGAAGGUCUGUAAGACGAGGAGCAUCUCGAGAUCGUUCAAGAGAUCAUAGGUCUAGAGAAAGAUCCAGACAUAGGUCACGGGAUAGAUCUCGAGAUCGUUCAAGAGACCAUAGGUCUAGAGAAAGGUCUAGAGACAGGUCACGGGAUAGAACAAGAGAUCGAUCCCGAGAUCGAUCUCACCACAGAAGGCCUGAUGAUGAUGAGCGGCCAAAAAGAUCGAAGCGUCACACCUACAGCAAUGACUCCCCAACCCGGUCAUUAGCAGCCUCCGAAAUCUCUGUUGGUAGUUCAAGCAGCAAGAGAAGCAAGAGGUCGAAACGAAGGAGUGGAGCCGAAGAAGAUUUCGGCGACAGCAGAGAGAGCCCAUCGGAUCGAAGACGUGACUUCUUUGACGACCGAGAUGUUAGCUCUGUCGUAUCCGAGUCGCGUGGAGAUGACCGUCGGCGCGAGAGCGGACAUAGACGCAAGUCUUCGCGUUAUGAUGAUGAUGAUGAUGUGAAAUCGGUUGCAUCCAUGCCUGGCUCAUCUCGCCGGGACAAGGAGUACAAAGAACGCAGAACCCCUGAGAAGCGACCAAGCAAUAGUGUUCUUUCUAGCCUCUUCAAGUCACGCAAGGAUAAGAAGGAUUCUUUUUUAGAUAAUGCCGGCACCCUUGGCGCGGGUGCCGGCUUAGCGAGUGCAGCGGCCAUUAUUGCGUCUGAUGCUGCUCGUUCCAACGCCGCUGAGACCUCAUCAGAUCACGAGAAUUCUGUCUCUCGUGAUGGCCGGCCUCGUGCGCGCAGCUUCGAACUGGUUGACCCCGAAGUCGUGCCCCGUGUUAUCAAACCAGCCAUUGACCCUCAAUAUGGCGACCUCCUUCCGCUACCUCCCAGCGAACCAACUAGCCCUUCUUCUGGUCCGGAGGAACUACCCCCUCUUCCCGACAGCAGGCCUGACACGCCUCCAGAGGAGCGUAUAAUUCGGCGAGAUUCACGUACCCAUCAGCGACGUCGUAGCGUUUUUGACACGCCCACAAAGUCACCCAGCCGAACUGCUGUUCCUAUCGCCCUUCGUUUGGGUAAUAGGUCAAACCCCGCCUCUCCUGUUAGCUUCAAGGCGUCCCCCGCUAGUUCCCCUAUAACGUCUCAUUCGGAUGCCGUGGUCAUGUCAAGGCGAGCAGCUCGACCAACAUCCUGGGACAACAGUCGAGAAAUCAUGCCACUGUAUCUUCUUGAACACUCACGACACCAACAACCAACUACUGGCUCAGUGCUACCUGCGCUCCCACCUAGUGAACCUAGCGAGACUUCUGCAAGGAACUCACCCGAAUCCGAGUUCCUCAAGCAUAGUGACGAUUAUUUCGGCUCCGGUCUUGAUUUUACCGGCCCUGAUCUUCGUGUUGAUACCGAGCUAUCGGAGCAGCAUCCCAAGGACUCUGUCGCAGGAUCUCAGGAAACAACGCCUCGCGCGGAGUUUAUGCCCAUGCUCCCAGGCCCUCUCUCCUCUGACACUGCCAGAGAGCAUGAGAAGGAACCGACAACUUAUCUCCCGAUGCCUGCAGAAGUCAUCAGCAAGGAAUUGGAAAACGAUGUCUCUGCUGCAUCGUUGCCCUUUGACGCUUCUGACAUGGCUGUUCCUACCACUUUGGAAGGCCAGCAACGAACUCACUCACCCGCAGACAAAACAAAUGACUUUACAUCUGCUGAUGAGCAUUUCUCGGACGCUCUCGAGGGUCACGCAGAGCAGAUGGCACCAAGAGAAGCUGUUAUCAAGUCUGUCGCUGAGCCUGUCGUCGAGCCUGCUACCGAGCCUGCUAUUGAACCUCUUGCUGAGUCUUCUACUGAAUCUUCUACUGAGCCUCCUGUCGUCGAGCCUGCCGUCGAGCCUGUCGUCGAGCCUGUCGUCGAGCCUGUCGUCGAGCCUGUCGUCGAGCCUGUCGUCGAGCCUGUCGUCGAGCCUGUCGUCGAGCCUGUCGUCGAGCCUGUCGCUGAGCCUGUUGUCGAGCCUGCUGCUGAGCCUACCACUGAAUCCACUGUCGAGCCCGCUGUUGAACCUAUCACCGAAGCCACGAGUGAGACUGCGCCUAAUUCUUCUACGAUUUCCGCCGAGAUUGCCACAUUCAAGCAACCUGUUACUCCCGAAGAAGAUGAAACUGUUGGUACGAAUGACGAAGUCCUCGAGCCUAUUCUUGCAGACUUUUUGGUAGAGGAUAGCACUGGAGGACUCGCAAUUGGGUCCGCAGUUGAGGAUGUCACAGCUCUGUCUCCAGAACUUCCGUCACAAGCAGUUGAGGAAACAGACCCUGAGAUCAUUGAGCCUUUCAAUGGCCAGAACACCAAACCUGCUAUCGACACGACUUACGAGAAACCCGAAUCCAUCAGAGCGCCGGACAGCAUAUUUGUCACAGAUCCCAUUGUUGAAGCAGUUUCAGUAAGUGAUUCCACUACGAAGUCCGCCGCCCAGCCUAUGGAAGAAAAGCGAACUACCGAUAUUGCUCGCGACACCAAUACCGGGAUAAACAACCCUGUUACCGAGCCUCAAUCAGUACCGGCUGUUGUUCCCUAUACGGAGCCUGCUACUCAAGAAUCGGAAACACCGUUUGUAAAGCCUGGGGAUGCCGCUGCCCAGCGUGCAGAAAAUGAGAUCACCACCGAUGAGUGGUCAACCAUGAACGCAAAGGAUAGGAAAAACAUGAAGAAGAAGCUCAAGAAGAAGGGACUUGAGCUGAUCAUUCAAGACUCUUUCGACGUUCCCGUCCCCGCUGCUAGCAAGGAUGACAAUACCGUUCUAGGCGACGAGGCUGUCGUAGUGAAUGAAGCUUCUGAAACAAAGCCGGCUAUGGUUGAACUCGAGCCCACCCACGAAUUUACACCUCAACCCUUUCAGGUUUCUUCUACCGACCCUUUCGCCACCGAAGCCGUGAAGCCUCAAGAGCCUGAGGCUUUGCAUGAGGAACACCAUACGAUCGCACAGUCUGAAGAAGUCCAGGAAGUCGUUGAGCAAAACAAACCAGUUGAUUCGAACUUAUUGGUGGACCAGGUAGCGGAAGAGUCACCAAGAGAGCUAGACAACGCCAUCGAAUCUGUGGUACCACUAAUAGACCCUGAGCCCGUAAUCGAAUCUUCUGCCAAUGCUCAAGCUACUGCGGAAUCGACCUCCAUCACCACUUCACCUAUCGCAGAAGCGGCCCUUGAAGAGCAACUGGUGUCUCCAUCCAAGAGCAAGAAGAAAAAGAAGAAGAGCAAGAUGCAGCAGCCAUCCGAAGAGGAAGCAAUCUCUGUAGAGCCAACAGUCACCGAGGUUGAAGGCACAGGCCCAGCUGAAAUUUCCGAAGCUGAAAAAGAAGCGUUUGAUGCUUGGACGGAGCCAGUCGCGCCCAUUGAACCCUCUGCUGAAUCAUCUGAAACAGCUGCCCAUAGUGCCUCAGGUUCUAUGGCGGAACCACUCCCAGAGGUCUCUGUUGAGCCUGUCGGUGCAGAUGCAUUCGAUGCCUGGGCCCAACCAGAUACCAUGACUGAAAGCGUAGAUGCUCCAGAGAAGGCACCGGAUAAAUCUACAAAAGCCUCCGAUCCGGCUUCCGAAUCGCCCAUUGUAUCAGCCGAGGGUGACAGCGCCGCUACGCCCAAGUCAAAGAAGAAGAAAAAGAAGAAGAAGGGCGCCAGAGCCGAUGAUGAGCCAAUGGUGGAUAAACAAGAGAUGCCUCAAAUAGGAGAGUCUCUUCAAGUUGAGGACGUUGGUGACAAUGAAGCGAUUAAGAAUGCCAACAGAAACCCGAUGGAAGAGCCGCCCGUUGUGGUAGCUGAGCCCACCGACCUUACUCAAGACAAUGAGGCUCCGGACCCACAGUCUGUUUUGUCAUCAAAAGAUACUGAUCAAGUUCUUGAUCGUGGAAAUGCUUCUCCAGUUGAGGCUCCGGAGCCUGACGAUCCUGAGUCCAAAGAUGAUGUCGAUUAUCAUCCGGCCGCUCGUGAUUCCCAGACUUCCGCCAAAGAUCCACGAAAAGACAGACAAAGUCAAGGAUACUUCCCAUCUGCUCUUCGGGCACUCCCCGCCACAGCUGGAAUUUCCGCUUUCAAGAGGAUGUGGGGAUUCCGGGAUCAAGCACAGACACAAAAUAAAUCGGUCGAACCUGAGCCUGAUGAAGUAAGUGCUGACAAGUCAACGUUCACAGGCACUAGGUCUGAUAUUAUUACACCGAAACUCCAUCGUGACGCUCCCAGGGAUAGAGAGAUUUCUAGCGUAAGCGCUGGAAACCCAGAAGUUGCCGACGUCGAGCCAGACGUUUCCGCUGCUGAUACCGCUCCCGAGACGCAUGCCAACAAGGCGGGUCGCACCACAAUAGAGCCCCAGAUCUCUGAACCACUCUUCUCGCAAGGAGAUGCGCCGGCAGACGAGUCUCAAGGAACUUCUUUUGGACUGGAAUCCUCCCAAGUUGACGAAUCAGUCAAGGCUACAGGGGAUGCUAACCUCGACAUCCUUGCUGAGGAUGAAGUGACUACCACUACGGACAGACAACUCACCGAGACACUCCCAGUCUCGGCUCUUGAGGAGGGCUCCGCCGAAAUGUUAAAAGAUAAUGUCAUUGGUUAUCCAGCAACAAGCGUGGGGGAGGCAACAGCUUCUACUGAAACCGAGUCCGACAAAAUCAAACAAGAAGAUUCCUCGACGAUAACUACGGCUGAUGAUGUUAAGCACCCAGCACAUGAAUCUACUGCGGAUUCCUACAAGGAUUCAACAAUACCAGCUCAGGCUGAUCUUGGUCAGCUUGUCAAAGAAGAGUCUAUUGCUCCAGUCGAGGAUGAGGAUGUGGGACUUGUGGUGGCAGGCUCAGAAUUGAGCACAAAGCCCGUAGAAGCCAGCAUUGGAGAAGUAAUCAAAGAAGAUGCCAGCAAGACAACUGGAGGAGAGGGUGCGAAGUCUAGUGUGGAAGCUCCUGGCGAAAUUAGCGAGGCGGAUGCAAUGGCAUUGAAGAAGAAGGCCAAGAAAAACAAGAAGAAAAAGAAGAACCAACCUAGCCAGGAUGAGGCUCCCAAGGAAGAAACCAGAGACACUACUACGGACGUUAAAAUCAGCCAGGAUGGAUCAGGUGCCGAAACAGCAGUAAUGUCUGGCAGAAAGAACCUUGAUAUCCUGGCGCCAGAUCCCAUGGUUGAAACUUCUGACUCUAUUGUUGAAAAUGCCUUCCUCAACCAGAAGCCUGAUGAAGAGUCGACACAUGGCGUACUGGACGAAUCAGGAGUCAAGGACCAGCCACAGCUUGAUGCUACACCAGCUGAGAACCAAUCUCAAGAGCAGUCAUCCUUAGAUACUGCUUCAGUGGAACCGCAAACCAGCGAACGGUUGCAGACUGAUGAUCAGUUGUCUGAGCAUGGGCAUAAGGAAAGGCUGCCAAGUGACGCUGGGCCAGCUGAUCCUGAAAUCAAAGAACGAUCACAGAUUGAUGACAACUCAGCGGAGCAUCACGUUCCGGAUACCUCUGAGAUCGGAAAAGAGCCAGUUGAGCCUCAAGUCGAAGGAUUGGCGCACAUCAGCGACGAACCAACUAAAUCGGAGCUAAAAGAACAGCUUCAAGCCGAUGGCCAGACAUCUCAGCCUGAAGCUGAAGAGCAGCCCCAAAUCGGUGGUGAAUCGUCUGAGGUUGUGUUUAAGGAACGAUCGCAGACCGAUCUCCCGAUGGGGCCCGAUACUGAAGAACAGACACCUGCGUUUGGCAACUCAACUGUUCUUGAUAUUGAGGAUGAAUCACAAACAGCAAACGUGUCAGCUGGGCCCGAAUUAAGAGGCGAGGCACAGAGUGAGAAGCCGGUGGGCGAACAUUCAAUAGAUGAGCUACCCCCGCCUGCAGAUGAUGGUUCCCCUCAACUUGCUCUUGAUAAAGCACUGCCUCCAAGGAGACCAGAUGCUCAUUCUCUGGAAGUGGAAGCCGCUAAGGAAGAACCCUCUCUCGCAGUUGGGAACUUUGAGGCGGAGAGCGAGAAGGCAGAGAUCGAAGCUCUGCUCGAGAAGAGAGCGAAGAGGAAAGGGCGACUUUUGAAGAAGGAUCAAGCACGUCUUGCUGCUCUUGAAGAGAGUGCCGCUCAAAGGUUAGCGGCAUCAGUCGUCCCUGAAGUCCGAGAGCAAGUUUCCGAGGAACCGGUGGACAUCAGCAAUGCUGAAGGACCCCAACAGGAGUCUGAAACAAUCGACACAUCAAAGAAGGCUGAAGGCACUCUAGACGAUGACAAACAACACUCAAGUGAGGAAGUGCCUACCGCCGAGCCUCCUGAUGUCGUUGAAGUCCGUGCCAACGAAGUUUCGACUGAAAGUGAGACUCGAGAUGUUGAACAACCGACCGAGACCACCGAGGCGGCAAUGUCCCUGCCGGCUGUAGAAGGGACCGAGGAAAACAUUGAUGUUAUUGAUACGGCUGUGACUACCGAGCCUCAAGAUGCUAUAGAAGCUCCUGAAGACAACACUUCAGAGUUGGCAAGCACUAAGAAGUCAAAGAAAAAGAAGAAGAAGAAAUCGGUAUCUCUUGUUGAGAAAGACGAAGUUCAAGGUGCAGCAAAACAGAGCAGCGAACUGCCUGUGAUAGUAUCCGAGCCCUUACGCCUCGAUGAAGCUACAGCCGGCGUCAACGAAGUACCGGUGGCUGAGCUAGUUGCCGAAGAGGUCUCAAAUGAAGUGCCAUUAAAGGAUGCCGAACAGCCUGACAUACCUCCUGUGAACCAUCCCUUGGGGCCUGCAAAUGAGAGUACGGCCGUUGAGGGCGACACUGAAGCAACUUCGGCUGCUAUUAUGGAAGAGGCCGAGCCAGAGACCUCACCCGAUAAGAAGAGCAAGAAAAAGAAGAAAAAGAAGAAGGCCACUUCCUCUGACGAGCCAGAGAGGCAGCCUGAAGCCGAACCCGCACUCCAAAAACCUCCCGAGCCAACAUCUAAAGACUUGAUCUCUGAUACAGCCAAGAAUUCUGCUUCGCAAGAAGCGCAGUCUGACAUUGCCCAGACUGCAGAGUCAAGUGUUAUCGAACCUACAGAAACGCCUGUCCAUCAAGAUGGGCCGUCGCCUCCCAUGGAGUCGGAAGUCAUAAACACUGUCGAGACUACCCCAGUAGAUGAUGAGCAGACACAGCCAGCUGAUGCCAAGACCACCGUAGAAACCCCUUCUGUCCAGGAACCAACACCAGCCACGGACAAGCCUGAUAUUGUAGCACCCGAUGAGCCUCCCUCCGAAAAUCCUCCCGAAGCCGAGGAACCCGAUUCACCGGCGAAACUGUCAAAGAAGGACAAGAAGAAGAAGAAGAAGGCCGAAAAGAAGAAGGCUGCUCUCGAAGAGACCCAGGAAACUGAAGCUGAGGCUGGCCUUGCUACCUCUUCUCAGGAUGCUGACGUUUCGGCCGAUACUGGCAUCCAUGUCCCUGCCGAAAAUCCUCAAGCCGCGCACGAUGAGACCCCUAAGCAGACCGAUGAAAACGAGACACCUGACAGAGCGGCUCCUUUGGAGGAUAAAAUAACUCCUCCAGCCGACCAUAUCAAUAUACCAGAUACCGGUAAUUCUGGAGAGCUUCCAAGCGAAGAACCAGCUGGUCCUGAAGACGAGCGGGGUGGGUUAAGCCUCAGUCAAUCCCAGACCGACCAAAAGAAGAAGGCUAAAGACAACGAUUUUGAAAUCCUGCAGGACCCCGAGACCAACCGUCCAACGGAGCCGGAGAUGAUUCCGGAUCCGGAAAAGCAGGACGACGCCGCCGCCGCCGUGGAUAAGGCACAGAGCCAAGGACCUACGGAGGGUACAAAACGGAUGGAGGACACGAGCAGAGCUGGCGAUCUUGAAGCCCAUGUCGGGCCCGGGACGAAGCUGGAGCCAGAAUCGGAACCGGGACAGGAACUAGGAGGCAAUAAGGAAUUUGCAGGCUUGUCAAAAAAACAGAUCAAGAAGUUGAAGAAAGUCAAGGCUCUGGCUGCCUUGGAUUCCUCGCCCAAACCACAGACGCCCGAGGAAAUCGGAGCCUCUGAAGAGGCACCAUCGGAACCAUUGGCUGAAACUGGAUUGGAAUCUGAACCAAAGCCACAGGUUCAAUCCGAGCCUGUUGCCCAAAGCUCUACCGAGGCAGAUCCAGAGCCUGACUUUAAGGAUGAGAAAGAAGGACUCCCGGGGAUCGAGGAGAUUGUACCUAUAAUUGAGCCCGUCAUUGAAGCUGAAUCCGAGUCCAAAAAUGAGACUCAAUCUCUGGACAACACCAAUAUUCACUCUCCGACUGGACAAGCCUUUGCCAAGCCUGAAGCUGAUGCCGCCAUUCAGGGAUCUCAACUUGACUCUACAGCCCCUGGACAGGAUAUCGUUGUUCCUGCGCCGGAGGUUGAUCUUGAGGAUCAAGUCGCUAAUUUUGGUAAAGGCCCAAUUACUAACAGUGCAAUUGAGCAGAAGAGCGUGGUGGAAAUCGAUGCCUCAUCAGAGUCGUGGGCUCUACCAAGACAGACACCCAAAGAAUGUGUUGACACGAUUGAGGUCCGUGGCUCAGAAUUUGAGGCGGGAAAAGAGGCAGAAGUCGCAACCAAGCCAAAUCUCUUAGAAGAGCUCAUCCAAGACCCCACGCCCUCUUUCGAAAUGAAGCAUGAUACGACAGACAGCGCGCAUGUCAUCCUAUCUGAGGAAGUUGCUGCCUCCACGGUGCUCGAGUCUCCUUUGUUAAAUGAGCAUGCAUCGACAGACGCGCCUGUCGGAUCUGAGGAUGAAACUGCCCUAGGACAAGCGACUGAUGAUAAUAUUGAGUCUAUUCCACAGCUUCCUGGAGCUUCUGCAAACUCUCAUUUGGACCUCGACUCCGUCGGCGGAAACACUGAUGCUCUACAUGGCCUCAAAGAAGGCGAAACAGACCAUACCCGGAAACUCAGUGCCACAAACACAAGUGCUUCUGGUACCGUUGCCUGUGAUGCCUUAACGUACUCACCACAGCAGAUUGCAACGAAGGCAGUUGAACGACCCCCGCUGGACAUAGAGUCUUUCGAGGAUCGCCCUUCACCGCCAGACACUACUGAACAAGCGUCUAAGCGUCUGGAAAUUCCCGAUAUUCCCAAGCAGCCUAAAUGGCCAAACUCAACCUCUCAACAGGCUCAUGAACAGUCGCAUACUCCACCUAUCUCACUCACCGUUCAAGCGAUUACCGAUGCUUCCAGUUCAGAGAUAGCAACUACAGUCACUUCUCUCUUUUUAGAGGAUUCAGCAGACCCUGACCAUGGCUUGACUGACACCCCUGAAAGUUUGUCUGCAUCUGAGAAAAAGAAGUUGAAGAAGAAAAAGAACAAGAAUAAGCAGGAGGCCCUCCAUGAAGAUGCCGAUCAGGUGGAGGAGCCAAGCAAACCCGCAGGCGUCGACAUCGCUCCAAACCUCGCAGUCGUUCAUGAAAUGAUAACACCUGCGAAUCGUCCAGCAGACUUGGCAAUUACUGCUGCAUCCACGUCUGACUCAAGGGCAGGCUUCGGAGUAUCUGGUUCCCCUGUGUCUGCCGCAGAAUUCGAAUCAACGAUCCCUCUUCAGAUUGCUGCCGACAUAGGAAAUGAGGAACAAGAUCAAUUUACGAAGGAGAGGACGACAAAAGCCUCUUCCGAAUCUCAUCAUGAAGAAGCUUCUUCUGAACCAUCUCAUGAGCUUGCUAUUUCUCAUCGCACACUCAAAGCAAUGGAUGGUGUAGGCGUCCAAGACUCUGAACCAGUCAACGAGGUCGAUGAGAACCAAGUGGCCAAGGGUCUCGAGAUAGCGCAUCCACGGUCUCGACAAAUACCGGGGUCGAUUUCGCCUGAUUCUCCAAACCAGGUGAUGGACAUUACAGGCGAUGGAUAUCCUCAUUCCUCAGGCGCUCAGCAAGCUGAGAAUGAGUUUACUGUCGAGGAGUGGGCAGCCCUUUCUUCCAAGGACAGGAAGAAGAUGAAAAAAAAGCUAAGAAAGAUAGGUCUUGACCCAAUCAUUCAGCCUUCUUUCGAACCGACUCAUUCAACUGGCAAACAUCUGCCCGAACCCACAUCCGACCCUAGCCCUCCUAUAUCUCAAAUCGAAUCAGUCAGUGGUAGUGGUGGUGGACAAUUUGUGGAAGAUCCGGAGGCGUCAAGGACAUCUACCAGUAAAGAUAAUGUUGGAAAGAAACCGAGCUUCGAGGUUCGCAAUGAUGGCAUCCACGAGGGCAUUCUCGCAGACGCAGUAUCUGCACCUGAGACACGAUCAAUCCGCGAGACUGAACCGGAUCAACAAAAGCCGCUGAAUGGUGAUACUGGACCUUCUCCUAUACAGGAAACCAAGAGCAACGACACAAAGACGGACGAUGGAUUUCAGGCUUUGACCGAGACACAAACCAUCGCAGAGACACCCGUACUUUCUGGAAAAGAUCAACACACGCCUAAUAUGCAGGAAGACGUUCAUGACUCUCUACUACCCGAAAAUGCAAACAAACAGCAGCUGGGAAACGAUUGCGUGCCAAUUCCAUCGUCAAAAUGGGAAUCUUCGUCACUGAGUAAGCCAAACCAAGAAGUGAAAACAGAGCACCCCACCAGCCAAGCACCUCCAGAUUUGGAGCACUUGUCCAAGUAUACCCGAGAGAUCGAUGGCGAUUUUGUCAGCGCUACAUGUGCAGUAGAGAUGCUACCACAACAGGAAACAGGAGAAGUCAAUGAUGAGGUGGUACCGGUUAUAGCAUCUGACUUUCUGCCAGAGGAGAGCAAGGAAACCGGGGAAGACGAUGAGCCUGCCCCUGUUCCAGCCGAGAAUUUCCUCUCCAUCGAUGAGCCAGCCAAUUCUACUAGGGCUGAGACGGACCACGAAGCUUGUCUUCAUUCUGCUGAGCUUGUUCAGAAGCAUCAAAUUGACAGCAAGCCUUGGGACAAGUAUGAUGCGGUUUCAUUCGCUCCAUCAACAGAUCACUCCCCAACCAUGAUCGACCGUCCAGCACCUGAAGUUCUACAAGAAUCCCCCAAACAAGCGGCGAGCCUUGAUUUGGCUGGAGUCAGCAACGCUGAUAACUCCGCUGAGGGUUCCAGAGCCCAUCUGGACAGAGAAGGAAACUCUAGCCUACGAGCUGUUACUGUCAAAGAGUCUGAUGAAGCUAUGCACACAGGCACACUCACAACCUUUAAGGAACCGGAAUUGUUGGAGUCAACGGAACCUCGGCACGAUGUAACCACGCAAUCAGCGACAGAUAUCCCUGAUUCGAGAAAGAACAUCUUAGAUGUUUCUCUCCUUGAUGCACAAGCUGAGCCGUUCCAGGAAGAUCUUGUCGGUAUCAGGCCAGGCGAUGAGAAUGCCAUACUUCCAGAGAAGGACGAACAGAAGAAGCAGCCGAAGCCGAAUUCAGAUACUGCUCCUUUCGUACUAAGUGAUGCCAACAAAGACUGCGCAGUUUUGGAAGAUGCCCAAACACAACAGGAAACUCAAAACCAGCCAAAGCCUACCGAUACAAUACUGAACGAUCCUCAUGGAACCCAACCAGGAACCGGACUACCAACCACUGGCCAGGCUAAGAUUGAUGACAAAACAGCACCAGCCGAGUCGGGCGAUAUCUUCCCGGAGCUUGAACCACCAUACGGGGUAAUGCCUAUGACAGCCACAACUGAGAUCGAAAGAGACUGUCACCCCGCCGUGCCUGACGAAUCAAAUGUACCAUCAAUGCAAGUUGAGGAAGCUGCCCAGAUGGAAGACUCAACCACGCCGCGUUUCCAGAACGACAAGAACAUAAAAACGGGCUACGCUUCUGAGACGUCAAUCACAGAAGAGAAAGCUUCACCAGAGCUAGCAGUCUGGAAGCGCAUCGAGUUCCCCGGAGCUUCUGGCGGUAAAUCGACUCUGGAUGAUUCAGAUAUUGAUGAUAAGGCCCAAGUAGUUGUGCCAAACCUCUCACUUGUGCCCGAGUCCUCGGGAACCGACCAGGCACCGCAUCAGGCCACACAAGGAAAGCAGCACCUCGAAAGCAAAUACAGGGAUGACCCUGUUGUUGACUUAAUGAUUGCCCAGAAGGAAGAAGCGAAUGCCCCCCUUCAAGAUUUUGGUACUGGAAAUCCCAUUGUCAAAACUGCACAAAGUCCUCCGACAUCGACAGGUAGAUAUUCUGCUUCUGGCAAAGGCGGGCCGUCGCUGGUUCAGGUUGAGGCAAAUGCAUCUAUUGGGCCCUCACCAAGACAGCUCUAUGAACCUUCACCUGCUGCCACAGAAGAUGCGCUUGUGAAGUUAGCCCCCAAGAAAAAAAAGCAGAAGCAAACGAAUCAUAGAUCUAUUGAGGCAGCAAGAGAAGGGAAUCAAGGGGCGCUAUCCAAUCAAGCUGUUUCUGACCAUCCUGCCGACAACCACCUUCUCUCAGAACCGAACGCCCCAGCUUCCAAAGAGGAGCCUGCGACAACGGAAGUGUUAGACGAUUCACAGCCAAUACCGGUCAAGACGGAAUCUAGGAAUAAAGAAGAAACAGACCAGCAGCCACCGGACGGUUACCUAAUCCAUACCGAGCCUUUUCAGCCCCAAUUGGCAAUCGAAGGUCAGUCAGAUACAGCCGUUCAAGCUGCAUCAGGUCCUAGAACAAGUGACAACGCUCCUGCUCCGACAAAAGAUGGUUGCAUAGACCCAGAAUCCCCUGUGGCAACUCCCACCCUGCGACAUAUCCCCGCAACUACACUCGUACAUGAGACAGUGGACGAAGAUACGGAGAUGACGCCAGCUUCCAAGGGUCAUUCCAUUACGCCUUGUUCGGAGGAGAUGAAAUUGAGUGGGGAUGCACCGUCCAGAGGCGUGGCCUCUGAAGAGACAAGCAGUGCCGCCAAUGGGCCAUCAAAUUUGACAUCGACAGCGACAGAGUCGCCUAACAUCAAAUCUACUGACAAGUCGUUGAAGAAAGAAAUGAAGAAAGCGCAGAAAGUAGGGUUGGAAGCGAGAUCCGCUGGGCCAUCAGUCUCUUCGGAACAUGCACCUUUUAUUGAUCGAGAUGCUCAGUUCUCUUCUGCAAAUGAGGCAACACAGUUGAAAGAGAUUGACAAAUCAUCGUCACAAGAAACAUUCGAUGCAAAAGAGGGAAAGAAGGUCUUGAGAAAACCCGAGUCUACUUCCAUGUUUCCGAAAGGACCUCCCGAUGCGAACCCACCAGCCGUAAAAGAACCUACGGAUCAGCCUGUACGCUCCUUAGAAGCUACAGCCGCCACCUCGGACGUUUUGAAAGAUGAGCCAGACCUGCAUAAAUCCAGCAAGCCCAGUACAUCGACUUUCGCUGGGAUGAUUGCAGCCACCGCCGCGACGUUCAGCUCUGCCAUGUUCGGGGACUGGAUAGAGGGCGACAAGAGUAAAGGUGCGAGACAAGAAGAAAAGAAACCCGAAAGCAGGGAUGAGGCACUGGAAGAAGGGAAUAAGGAAUCGCAAAAUGAUAGCAAGGCAGCAAAGAACUCAAGUGACGCCAAGUUACCCGUAAAAGAUAUCGACAAAAGGGUACAGGGAAAAACCACAGCGCACCGAGAAGUCCAGGAUGCGAGGAGGAAGAGACCAGAAAAAGACUUCGCUAGUGGUGGUGCUGACCACAAGGAAAAGCAUCAUGACAUUGCUACAGAUGCUAAAGACAAGAGCGAACCAGCAGAGAGAAAACCAAAGGCUUCAAAAAAGACAAACAAGGUCACGUCAUCUGUUCACGAGACAUUGUUCGAUGCGCCAGGAAAGAGUAGGCGCUCGGAGAGCUACGAGGGAACAUCGGAAGUUCUUGGCACAUCAAAAGGUCCUUCGACGAACCCAAAGAAAGAGCACAAAUCAACUUCGCGGCAAUUAUUUCCAGAAACGUCAGACAUAAUGGAAAGUCCGGUGCUUGGCAAAGGAGAAUUGGAGCUGUUGAGAAGCUCCCCUCAGCCUCUUCUUCGUCGUGGAUCUGACGUUGAGGAGCCCAAGAGCGGUCUGUUACGAGAGGAUAGCAAGACAUUUACACCACUGGUGGGCUCGGAAUCGGAUAUGAGUGAUCUACGCCGAUCGCCAAGCAGACUCUUGGAGCCAGUCCCAGAGGUUCCCGAGGCCGAAGUUGAGCCAGCCAAGGAUGCAUUCUCAACACCAAAAGCCAAACGCGACAGCGCUCCUGUUGGCGAAGCAUUGAGCUUCCAGAGACGAAGUAGACGCUUGAGUGAAGAGGCACAUCGUGACAGCGGAUUCGGAGGGGAUUUAGCAACUCUAAGGCGAAGCAAACCUGCCAGUAAAGAGGCUUCACGCGACAGUGGAGUACAUCCCGAAGACUGGGCUGAAGGGGAAAGUCAGAUACAGCCAGUUGCAGACCGAACGGUGUUGGAAACUCCCGAUCCGCUGAGUGAGCGAAGACUUCGUCGAUCUCCGCGAGGUACACCGGUGUUGCGAGAGCCUACAGCACCUGGACCAACACCGGAGCCAGAAAAGAAGAAACAAUACGGGGCUCUAACUCCAGCUGGCACGGCAGUCGCCGCCGUUGCAGCGGGUGCGGGCUUAGCGGCAGCCCUACGAGGAACUGAGCCUUCGACACCAGUUCCAAUUCCGACUACGAGUCCCAACCCGAUUUCAUCAUCAGUUUCUGGUCAGAGAAGCGCUUCAGACAAUGCCACUCCUUCUCGUCGGUCAACACCUCGUCUCGAGGGUUCAGGACGUCGAACUGUCUCUAACACCAGCCUCUCUCGGCGUCGGACCCCGGAGCCGCUUAAGUUGAGGCCUGAUAGCCCAGGCAUCAGCCGCUCCUCAGGCACCCCCACACCGCCGCUCCGCCGUGUUGACAAGCGAAUGAGCAGUGAUUUGCGGGCUCUUCGUCAACAAAACACCACCGCCGCCGCACCCGCCAGUUCCACGCCUGUCGCAAAUGAGGGUCGCGCCCGUGCCAAGGACAUGGCCGACGUCUAUGAUGGCUUUGGUGAGGGUCGCAUCGGCUCACCCCGAUCACCAACCCGGCCACACAGCAUGCGCCGCCGACAAAGCAUGCAGGUCCUUGAACUCGAGAAUAAGGUCGAGCAGCUAAUGGCCGAGAACCGAAUGCUCACCGAAGCCCGCGCUAUGGCUGAGACGAGCCUUAGUCAACGAGCCGCCAGCAGUUUAGCCGAUCGCGAUGCCGAAAUCGACAAUCUCAAGCAAUCAUUACAAUUUCUUCAGAACGAAGUCUCUAGACUUUCAGAAGUUAACGACGGUCUUGCAAGCGCCAACGCCGAACUUGCAAGCAAAGACAAUGGUCGUGUAAAUGAUCUUGAGAGUCGCAAUGCCGCUGUCGCCCGUGAGCUGGAGGAAGCUCGACGCGAAAAAGGCAACACUGAACAGUCUCUUGAAGCAAAGGACGCAGAAAUUGCCGAGCUUCGCGCCAAACUUGAUUCUGCCAAGGAGGAAAUUCGUGACCUUCAGCGCCAGAUUUUAGAAGCCAAGGCUGGCGACGAUCAUUUUCUCAACAUCCGCGACGAGGAUCAUUUCGACCAUCGUUGCCAACAACUUUGUUCCCAUGUUCAGCAAUGGGUGCUUCGUUUCUCCAAAUUCUCUGAUAUGCGCGCCUGCCGCUUAACAAGCGAGAUAAAUGAUGAGAAGACAAUUGAUCGACUCGACAACGCCGUACUUGAUGGAUCCGAUGUCGAUGUUUAUCUCCGGGACCGGGUGAAGAGACGCGAUAUCUUCAUGUCCAUGACCAUGAACAUGGUUUGGGAAUUUGUCUUCACUCGCUACCUUUUUGGCAUGGACAGAGAGCAGAGACAGAAGCUUAAGUCACUGGAGAAGCUGCUGACCGAAGUCGGCCCCAUCGAAGCGGUACGCCAAUGGCGCGCCGUUACCUUGACUUUACUGGCGAAGCGCGAAAGUUUCAAGCGUCAACGUGAUCUGGACACAGAGGCCGUUGUUCAGGCCAUCUUCCAAACACUGUGUAAGAUCCUCCCACCACCGUCGAACUUGGAAGAUCAAAUUCAAUCUCAGCUACGACGUGUCAUGAGAGAGGCCGUUGGUCUCUCGAUCGAGAUGCGGACGCAAAAAGCUGAAUAUAUGAUGCUGCCGCCUUUGCGCCCUGAAUACGACGCGGACGGUGAGCUUACCGCAACAGUUCAAUUCAACGCAUCAAUGAUGAAUGAACGAAGCGGCAGCAUAACAACCUCAAAUGAAGACCUUGAGGCACAAGGUGCCAUCGUUCGGGUUGUGCUUUUCCCACUUGUCGUCAAAAAGGGGGAUGAUAAUGGCAAAGGCGACGAAGAGAUAGUCGUAUGCCCUGCACAGGUUCUUGUGCCCCGCUCCAAGGGUCUGUUUGGUGGUGCAAGUGAUGGUGGAAGCACUUCCAUCGGCGCUCGGAGUCAUAUAAGUCUUGUGACUGAGACAAUGGGUCAAACUGAGGUAGAUUAUGUAGAUUAA